AUGGCGGCUAAGUCUGACGGUGCAGCCGCCGCUCCUCCUCGCAGCGCCUCCCCGCCGCGGGCAGCCAGCAGGCCGGCCGCGCACCGCUGCUCCCUGCCGGACUGCUGCUGGACACUCUGCGCCCUCCUGGUCUUCUUUUCGGACGGGGCGUCGGACCUGUGGCUGGCCGCGGACUACUACCUCCGGGGGCAGUACUGGUGCUUCGCCCUGACGCUGGUCUUUGUGGUCGUCCCCUCCCUGGUGGUGCAGGCGCUCAGCUUCCGAUGGUUCGCCUACGAUUUCUGCGAGAGCGGCGCGGCGGCGGCGGCGGCGGUGGUGGCGGCGAGCGGCGGCGGCGGCGCGGCAGAGGAAGAGGGCGACUUCAGCACCAAGGACAGUGACUUCAGCACCAAGGACAGCGACGAGCGGCGGGGCGCUGGCCGCUCCGGAGCCACCGGGGCCGGGGGGGUGAUACCGGGGCCGGGGACCGGGGGGGGAGCUCGGGGCUGCUGCAGGGCCUGCGUGUGGCUCCUGCAGGCCGCCAUACACAUCCUGCAGCUGGCCCAGGUCUGGAGGUACGUCCACGCUCUGUACCUUGGCGUGCAGAGCCGCUGGCACAGAGACCCGGAGCGCCGACACUACUACUGGCGCAUGAUGUUUGCGAGCGCCGAUAUCAGCAUGCUGCGCCUGCUGGAGUCCUUCCUGAAGAGCGCCCCCCAGCUGGUGCUGCAGCUCAGCAUCAUGAUCCAGGCCGGCCAGGUGCUGCCGCUGCAGGGUCUCUCGGCCUCGGCCUCUCUGGUCUCCCUGUCCUGGAUGGUGGCCUCCUAUCAGAAGGUUCUGCGGGACUCGCGGGACGAUAAGCUGCCCAUGAGCUACAAGGCCGUCCUGGUGCAGAUCCUGUGGCACCUCUUCACCAUAGGGGCCCGGACGCUGGCCUUCGCGCUGUUCGCCUCCGUGUUCCCGCUCUACUUCGGCAUCUUCGUGGUGGCGCACUGGUGCAUCAUGACCUUCUGGAUCAUCCAGGGUGAGACGGACUUCUGCAUGUCCAAGUGGGAGGAGAUCAUCUACAACAUGAUGGUGGGCAUCGUCUACAUCUUCUGCUGGUUCAGCGUGAGGGAGGGCCGCACCCGCUGCCGGCUGCUGAUCUACAGCCUGACGGUGCUGCUGGAGAACGUGGCCCUGACCGCUGCCUGGUACCUGCAUCGCAGCCGCGAGUCCUCAGACUUCUACGCCGUCGCCAUGGUGUGCGUGGUGUCCAGCAGCUACGCACUGGGCAGCUUCUUCAUGUGCGUGUACUACUGCCUGCUGCACCCGGACGGCCCCGCGUCAGGGUGGCGGCCGGUCGUAGAGAAGGAGGAUUUGCCCGCGGAGUUGCUAGCUUCCCCGGCGAUUAGCCUCCCGCCCGACGUGGUGAGCAGCCCCCCCAGGACUCUGCAGAGGACUAAAGGGCCAGAGGGUUUGGGGGUGGACGGAGACGUGUUUCAGGUUCGGCCUCAGCGGGGGGUGCAGGCUCCAGUUCCCAGCCUCUCCCCCCGCACAGAGGGGCCUGUGAUCCGGAUAGAUCUGCCCAGGAAGAAGUACCCGGCGUGGGACGCUCACUUCAUCGACCGCCGGCUGCGUAAAACCAUCCUGGUGCUGGAGAGCGCGGCGCCCGUCACGCCCCGGAUCCAGUACCGCUGCCUGUCCACGCCCAAAGAAGUGAUGGAGUACGAGACCACCGUGUGACGCGUUUAAUGAGACCGGACUCAACCCAACGCCGCCGCCGUGUGGACGCCCGACCCGGAAUAAAUAAAGGCGGGCGAAGACUCUCGCCGUGUUUCUGCUCCACGCCGGCUCUCGGAGACAGACGGCAGGAGGGAGCGGCGGACCGUGGUGUCCUUUUUCUUUCUUUUUGUUACAGAAGAAAGUGCUGUGGUGUUGUCUGGUGGUGGGGGAGCAUAUUCCCAGUUACUGUAUCAGUUCUCAGGUCAGGGCGUGGUACAGGAAGUGAUACGGCGUGAGA